GAGUUUGUGUUUUCAGUUGUGCUAGUGCUACUACGCCAAUAAAAAGUGCCCGCUCAAGAGAGCGAACACAAUGAGGGCUGUUUUCUUUUGACAGAAACCUUGUCUCUGGUUCUCCAACGGGUCGGGUGGAAAUUGCAGACUGUCAUCCUAAAACGCAUUUAACCCAUUGUUGGUUUGUGUGUUAGCCACAUUUAUUCGCAAUUUAGCUAACUAGCUACAUUAGGGUUGUUUCGUUGGGCUAUUCCCUGGAUCUGUACAGCAGGUGACGCGGACACAACAGGGAUGUGCAAUGGCAUCGGUGCGGGUGGCUGUCCGGCUCAGGCCUAUGAACAGGCGGGAGAAGGACUUGACUGCAAAAAACAUAAUUGAAAUGAAAGAUGACAAGACGACCAUUACAAACCUGAAGAUACCGGAUGGCAUUACAGGGGAUUCAAUGAGAGAAAGAAAGAAGACCUUUACAUAUGACUUUUCCUAUGACUCAGCUGACAGUAAAAGUACCAACUUUGCCUCCCAGGAGAAGGUGUUCAAAGACCUAGGCUCGGAUGUCCUCAAGGCUGCUUUCCAAGGCUACAAUGCCUGCAUCUUCGCCUAUGGCCAGACCGGCUCGGGGAAAUCCUACACCAUGAUGGGAAAUCCGGGAGAUGCUGGUCUCAUUCCACGGAUAUGUGAGGGUCUGUUCAGCCGAAUAGCUGGGAUGACUCGUUGGGAUGAGGCCUCGUUUCGCACAGAGGUCAGCUACCUGGAGAUUUACAACGAACGUGUCCGAGACCUGCUCAGGCGAAAGUCGACCCAAACCUACAACCUGAGGGUGAGGGAGCAUCCGAAAGAUGGACCUUACGUGGAAGACCUGUCGAAGCACCUAGUGCAGAACUACCACGAUGUGGAGGAGCUGAUGGAGGCCGGCAACAUCAACCGCACCACGGCCGCUACGGGCAUGAACGACACCAGCAGCCGCUCGCACGCCAUCUUCACCAUCAAUUUCACACAGGCUAAGUUUGAUGCGGAGAUGCCAUGUGAGACGAUCAGUAAGAUCCACCUGGUGGACUUGGCCGGCAGUGAGAGGGCGGACGCCACGGGCGCCACGGGGGUCCGUCUCAAGGAGGGCGGCAACAUCAACAAGUCACUGGUCACCCUGGGUAAUGUCAUCUCUGCUUUAGCGGACCUAAGCCAAGACGGAUUAAACACCAACCUAAAGAAGAAGCAGGUGUUUGUGCCGUACAGAGACUCUGUGCUAACGUGGCUCCUCAAGGACAGCUUGGGAGGCAACUCCAAAACCAUCAUGAUCGCAACCAUUUCGCCAGCCGACGUCAACUACGGCGAGACGCUGAGCACACUGCGCUACGCCAACCGCGCCAAAAACAUCAUCAACAAGCCCACAAUCAACGAGGACUGCAACGUGAAGCUCAUCCGAGAGCUCCGUGCUGAGAUCGCCCGGCUGAAAGCGUUGCUGGUCCAGGGGAACCAGAUUGCACUUCUGGAUUCACCUACCGCUCUGAGCAUGGAGGAGAAACUGCACCAAAAUGAAGCCAGAGUGUUGGAGUUAACAAAGGAGUGGACUAACAAAUGGAAUGAAACUCAGAACAUUCUCAAGGAGGAAACCCUUGCCCUAAGGAAAGAGGGAAUCGGUGUCGUGCUCGAUUCCGAGUUACCUCAUCUCAUCGGCAUCGACGAUGACCUCCUGAGUACCGGCAUCAUCCUCUACCAUCUCAAGGAGGGCAGAACAUACGUUGGUCGAGAAGAUGCGUCCACCGAGCAGGACAUCGUUCUCCAUGGGCUGGACCUGGAGAGUGAGCACUGCAUGUUUGAGAACCAGGCCGGCUCCGUGACCCUGAUUCCGCUCAACGGGGCCCAGUGCUCCGUAAACGGCGUGCACGUGACUGAACCUUCCCCGCUCAACCAAGGUGCUGUCAUCUUACUGGGGAGAACCAACAUGUUCCGUUUCAACCACCCGAAAGAGGCUGCUAAGCUGAGGGAAAAGAGAAAGAGUGGACUGCUCUCCUCCUUCAGUCUGUCUAUGACCGAUCUCUCCCAGUCAUGUGAAAACCUCUCCACUGUGAUGCUGUACAACCCGGGUCUCCUCACCGAAAAGGGGCCCAUCUAUCUCAGGUUGGAGUUUGAGAGGCAGCAACGAGAAGAGCUGGAGAAGCUGGAGCAUAAAAGGAGGCUGAUUAAGGAGAUGGAGGAGAAGCAGAAGUGCGAGAAGGCGGAGCUGGAGCGCCUCCAGCAGGAAGUGGAGUCCCAGCGGAAGGAGUCGGAACAGGUGCAGCAGCGCAUCCGCCGCCAGGAGGAAACCCUCCGCUGCCGCAGCCAGGACAUUGAGACCCGCCUGUGCGACCUCCUGGCUGAGAAGAAGCGCUUCGAGGAGGAGCGCCACCGCGAGACCCAGGAGCUGGAGCUGCAGAGGCGCCAGCGGCGGAAGCAGCAGGAGGAGCGCGAUGAGGAGCGGGCUCAGGACUCGCGGGCCAGGCUCCAGAGCCAUGCGGCGGAGCGCGCCGAACAGGCGGAGAUCUUUCGCGAGCUGGAGCGGCUGAAGCGUGAGCGCGAGGAGCAGGCGGUCCGGCUGGAGGCCGAGCGGCGCAGGCUGGAGGAGCGCGAGCGUGAACAGCUGGGCCUGGUAGGGCGACUGGAGGAGCAGCUGAGGGAGCGUCACGAGACGGCUGCUGCCUUGCUGACUCGCGAGGACGCCCGGCGGCUGGACGAGGAGCGCGUCAGCCUUACCGAGAUCCGCGAGGCACUGCUACGCGCUAAGGAGGCGAGCGGGAGGCCCGAUGGCGGCGAAACGGGCGAGGAGGCUGGCCGUGCCGCCCAGGCUCGCUACAUGGACUUCAAGGCAGCGCAGGUGGAGGACCUGGGCCGGUUGGAGGAGGGACUCCGACAGCAGAAAGAGUGCCUUGAGAAGGAGGUGACCUCAGAGCGCGCCGCCUUAGCCCUCCUGGUUCACGGGCACGUGGAGCGUCAGCGACAGCUGCGGGAGACCCAGGAAAAGGGGGCGCAGGACGCCUCAGUGCUAUCUCAAGAGGAGCAGCGCACGCGCCAGGCUGAACAGCGGCUCCUAUUUAAGGAGCGGCAGCUAGCUAGCCUCAGCAAUGGCCUCCUGCCUGCGGUAAUCGAGGAGAGGCAGAGGGCGGAGGAGCUCCUGAGACUUGGAAGCUCGUCUGACGCUGGCCGAGGAUCGCACAUGUUCCUUGGACUAGACAACACCCUGUACCAAGUCGAGAAAGAACUUGAGGAGAAGGAGGAGCGCCUGACCUGUCACUGCGCCAGCGCCAAUGAGCUCCAGCAGCUGCAGGAGACGUACGAGUUCACGGCCAAUGUGGCGCGCCAGGAGGGGAAGGUGCGGCGCAAGGAGAAGGAAAUCCUGGAGUCACAGGAGAAACAGCAGCGCGAGGCCCUGGAGCAGGCGGUGGCACGCCUGGAGAGAAGGCAUUCGGCGCUGAGGCGGAGCGUCGCUCUGGAGCCCGAAGCCGAGGAAGCCGGUCACAGGGCCUCCACCCCGGGCCCUCCCAGGACAGGGCGGGAGCUUGACCGGGAGAGAGUGGAGCGGGAGAUUCAGAAGCUGAAGCAGAGGAUUGCCGAGAAUGAGAGUAGCGCUAGGAGUCACUCAAUGAGCGGCGAGGACAAGACCGUCCUCAACUCCCCCGUCAGCCCAAUCCAGGGUCUCCCCUCGGUGCUACCUGUGGCGGAUGAGAGGAUAAAUGCAUACAUUGAGGAGGAGGUACAAAGAAGAUUACAGAAGCUGAAUCUCCUUAAUGGUGACAAAAGCAUCGAGCUCUCCCCUUCAUCUGAUUCUCUGCAGGAGGACGAAGACAUUAGUGAAUCUAGCUCUGUUAGAUUUACUGAGGAGGAUGCUGAGAAGCUGCCAAACCAGGUUAACCCCAGGAAACUGAAAUAUGAGAAAGACUCCAUGGCCUGGCUGUGGCAUUGCGUUCUGUAUGUCCCCAGACAUGACACCAGAACUCACCUCAACGUGGUUCAAACAAGUUCAGGAGAACAUGAAGGCAAAGACCAAUCUGAGUUUGAUCAAAUGGGCAACGCUGUCUUGGCAGAAAAUAAAAUAAUUUCUUACAAAGAGGGUGUUAAAGCAAAAUGGUGUCAGGUGGGAUUGAAGGUGCAACCAGGACAGGUUGCCCAAGCUGAGAGUGUGAGCAAUGCUUUGUAUUUCAGAAAGUAUAAAAAUUGCAACAGCAACUUUUGCCCUGAUCAAGAAGCAAGCAAUUGUAAUAGCUACAUUGUAGAUAAGGCCAAAAGUCAAUUUUAUUUGCAGACUUCAGAAUCCAAAACCAAAAGCUCACCAUUGGGUAAACACGUACAGUUUUACUCUGCAAAUGGAACCAAAGGCCAAGUUCAAACAGGCAAGAAAAGUAAUGUCCCAACUGUGAUGGAUUCUGAAGUCCCCAUACUCACAAUAAGCUUUAAGAAACAAAUCACCGGCAACUUUGGGCAUUACCAUAUCCCUAAAGAGUCUGUAAACGGGCAAGUGCAAAGGCAUCUCAUAAUUUCUGAACGAGAUCGACUGGCCAAUGAACUUGGAGCUAAGCAGAAUGUUGUCCUUCGAUAUUUGUCAGGCAAGCUAUCUGGAGUUUCCAACAACGUUGGACAAUUUAUGCAGAGUUCAUGGGAUAGCAUUGGUCAAGUUGGAGUAGGAGAGACCAAUACAUGCUUUCAAUACAUGACCAUAGUUCAGCGAAAGCAGCUUGAAACUUCACCGAAAUCCAAACCAAAGCAGAAUAAACAUUAUGUUGUGAAUUUGACCGACAAUUGUCCAUUCGCUUUACCAGUGAAAGAUAAGGGGUCAGCAAUUCCAGACAUUGCAGAAUGGCAUGAAGGUUCUCUGCGCGCAUGCAAUGAUGAGAAGCUUUUAGUUAAUUGUCAGAGGCUAACGCAGUUUCCCAAAUGCCUUUUGACAUUACAGUGUCUUCCUCAUCAGAUGGUGCUAACCCGUUUGUAUGCUGUGAUGCCAGAAAUCGCUGCCCCUUGCCCCCACAUUUUGGCAAUCUAUUGGCUGAGUGUUGCUAAUUGGAAACAGCCCAUAUCGCAACCUAGUUGCAUACUGUUAUCUGAGACUGACCUGUAUGCAGUCUCAGCUAGUUUAGGUGACCACCAGGCAUUGUCAGUUUUUCACCACUUCAGUCUCUUGGACCUCAAGGAGAUCCAAGUGGGCUUGGCUGGGCAGCAUGUACGGCUACUGGGGUCCACUGAAGACAAUAUCUUGAUCUUAUUCACCCACUGUAAAGAGCUUACCCAGAAGCUUUGUCAUAGCCUGCUGAAGAUUAUAGCCCCAACAAUGGUUCUAGAAGGUGCAGGGGCACAGCCAUUGCUCCAAGCAGACCUCUCAAGCUAUUCUCUGGACUGGAGUUCCCACAUUCCAGACAUCGUUCUGGACGGCGGCCCCCGUGUUACCUCACGCUUCAAGAGGAACCUAGCUGAUCUGCUUUACAUAAUUCACGGCAACUUCGAAAGCACGAACAAGCUGUCUUUGGCUAACAUUCACCUUCUUCUUUAUACUUGCGUCAGGGUGGAAAACGACUGCACUUCACACCAAGAAAUCCAGUUCCUUCUUACUGACACCCACAUAAGCUUGGUUCAAGAGAAUGCAGUGUUCCACCCGGUACCUCAAGGGUCAGCUAUGAUUCCCCCCCAACCCCAGUUUCAGGUUGUUGAGCUGCGCAGACGCUCUGACAUCCGAAGUGUGUUCAUGAGAGAAGGCGAAGGAUGCAAGAUGGUUGACAUCUUCUAUUCUGCUGAUGAGCAGGAUGAAGGCCAGAGCAAGGCCAGAAAAGGCCUAGUCAAUGUUCCUAGAACUUCAGAUCGCAAGACCCCAACUGUUUGGAAAUUAACUUUCAGCUGCACCUCAGACGCAACAACCCUUGUCAGUCAUCUGUCGGCCUGAUUAAAGAGUGUCUACAAUGAGUUGGCAAGCUUGUUAUAUUGAUUUUUUUCAGCUGUAGUUUUGAUAAUAAGGAUCGCCUGCUAUAAUGAUCUAGUUUGUUUUUACAUAUAAGAGGUUAUUAACCUUUUCAUUUCAUAAAUAUUGACUAAUACUUCGUAUGGAGGACAUUAAAAUAGCUGCAUUAGAUUUUUAUGUAUUUGAACAUUUAUUUUAAUGGUUCUAUUGAUUCACAAACAGUUACAUUUCCCACUGCUGUUGUACACCUGAAUUAAAUGGUAAUUCAUAUUUAAUUGUCUCUUGAGUGAAAAUCCUCAUUGUUUCAUAUUGAUGUAGUUAUUUCCCAGUCACUGGAAGCUCCUUUAAUUUAUUGGUUAUUUCAGUUUAUACUGUCAGCUUUACUAUCCCUGUGUUCUUACAUGAAUGCUUAUAUCUGUUAGUUAUGAAAGACUGUUGAAUACUCUUCUUCAAUGUGUUUGUGUACAUGUUUAUGCAUUUGUAUAAUUAUGAGGAAUAUUUGAUAUGACUCAACUAUUGUGUGACUUAUUAUGACCGUACUAAUGAUAAAGGGGAGGUUUCCUUUGUUGUAUUCUCUUCAAUUUCUGUGCAUAUACUUGUUUCAACAAUAUUAUUUUUUUUUGGGGGGGGGGGGUUGUUUGGUUACAAAGAACAGGUUGUCACAUUGCUGAGUAUUCAGAUGACAUUGACGACAAUACAUUCUAGAAGAAUCAAAGUGUGCUGUAAAACACUCAAAAAAAUCUCUGAAUUCUCUGAUGUCUCCGCACUGAAUUGAUUACAUCCAUAUUUAUGUCGUUGUACACGGCAUAAUUCAAACAUGUAUGUCACAGCAGAGACAUGAAUAUCAUACCAAGAACGGAGUAGGGUAACAUGUUUCUACUCUGGCCCGUACUUCUGGCAAGACACUUUCAUUAUAUUGUAGACGUCCAGUGCAAGUGCCAUGCUAAUGUGUCAUGACAACAGAGCAUUGGAUCUAAAACCUGAAGCAUACGCUAAAAGCACCGAAAAGGUGAACAAAAAGCCAUGUGUAGAAAUUGGGGAACCUCUGCUUAAAGACGGGAUGUCUCACUAUCUUAACAUAAAAUAGAUAGGUUUAUGAUUUUAGAAUGUGUGUUCCUGGUUUUCUAGCGGCUCUGGUUCUUGUCUUUUCUUUUAUAAACUUUGCACUUUCCAUAUCUCCAUCUUGUCAUCCAUG